AUGGCCUCGGUGGAUUUGAAUAUAGGAAUGAUCUUGCUAUUCCAGAUAGUCGUUGGAAUCCUGGGGAAUUUCUCACUCUUAUAUCAUUACACAGCCCUUCACUUCAGGGGAUGCAAGCCAAGAUCCACAAAUUUGAUUCUCAGGCACCUGACUGUAGCUAACUCCUUGGUCAUUCUCUCUAGAGGAGUCCCAGAGACCAUGGCAGCUUUAGGGUUGAAACAUUUCACCAAUUAUUAUGAAUGCUACAUUCUUUUAUAUGUUCACAGAGUAGCCAGAGGUGUGUCCAUUUGUUCCACCUGCCUCUUGAGUGUCUUCCAGGCUAUCAUGAUCCGCCCUGGGAACUCCAGGUGGGUAGAGCUUAAAGUGAAAGCUCCAAAGUACAUUGGCUCCUCCAGUACCCUGUGCUGGGUGCUCCACAUGGGGGUAAAUAUGUUUUUUCCUAUUUAUAUGACCGGUAAAUGGAACAACAAAAAUAAUACAAGGAGAAGAGGUUUGGGAUAUUGUUCUUCACAGCAUCGUGCCAAGAUCGCAGACUCAGUGUAUGCAGCAGUGACAUCUUUCCAUGACAGUUUGGGUUUGGGACUCAUGACCUUGGCCAGCAGCUCCAUGGUUUUCCUCCUUUACAGGCACAAGCGGAGGGUCCAACACAUCCGUAGGAACAGUCUCUCCCCCAGACCCUCCCCUGAGUCCAGAGCCACUCAAAACAUCCUUGUUUUGGUGGCUACUUUUGUAUCAUUUUUUGCCCUCUCCUCCAUCAUUUAUGUUUACCUGGCUCUCUUUGAUGAUUCCAGUUGGUGGCUGAUGAACGCCGCUGUACUAAUCACUGCAUGUUUUCCAACCAUUAGUCCCUUUGUUCUCAUGAGCCAUGACCCCAGUAUAUCCAGGCUCUACUGUGUCUGCUGUGGAAGAAAUACAUAA